AGGAGUGCCAGUAGCCAGACUCGCGUGGCUUCAGUAGGACAAGUGGAGGGGUGCCACGGCUCUGGCACACUAACCUGCUCCACUGACGUACUAGUGACAAGUGCUGGUGGCAGAUACCUGUUAUGUUUCUUAUGUCUUUACGUUAACAAAAUAUUUUUAUUAAAUUACGUAAUGAAAAAAAUACUAUAUUUAGAGUAAUUAUACAAAUAUUAAAUAGAAAUAACGUAGACAAAUAAGUGUAAGAGUGAUAAUAGUUUAUAACAGUUUAGGAGUGGGAGAACUUGUUGAUGGAAAAUAAUAGCAUAAAAUUUUAUGUAAUAAACAGUUAAGUGUGGAUGAUAUAACCUUAAGGUACAUAUAUAUGAACUACUUAACUGUAUAAGCGUAAAGGCAGUACAACAUAAUAUGGGAAGUAACGGAACACUUUACCACAAUGAUGUGUCACACUGUAAAGCUAAAUACAUACAAUCUUUUAUAUAAGAAAAUAUGAUGAUCAGUGUUAAUUUCAGACAGUGAAGUGUUUUGUGAGAAUCAAUGUUCACAGUUCAAGACUUUCAAGUUUGCGCCCAAGGAACUCCCUACCAGUUCACAGCGAUGUGUCCUGCAGUGCGCUAAACACCUCCUGUUGGUGUUUAAAGCGCCAAUGAUCAUCCAUUCCCGGUGACACUUUAAACACUGGAGGAAGUAGAGCCUUCUAAUAAGAAGGAAACGACCAAGCCGCGUUUGAAGUGGCUUCUUUCUUUACUAUCAGUAUAGAGAGAGAGAGAGAGAGAGAGAGAGAGCAGCCUCCUUGACUAUCUUCUGCCAGAGAACAACGCUAACACCAGCAGUACUGAGGUACUUUAACCAGUAGACUGCCUCCGCUAUGGUGCCGGAGGGUUGGUGGCUACCCUGGGUUCAUCUCAUCACCGUCUGCUGGGUCGGAUCAGUUUCUGCAGGGUUCACACUGGAACAAGGGAUCCCGCAUUUCAACACCAAGCCAUACUUCCUGCCUCCCCCGGCCAAGAACGUGACGGCACUCGAGGGACAGUCAGCCUACCUUCACUGUCGUGUGGCACAGCUGGGAGAUAAGAAGGUGUCGUGGAUCCGACGGCGCGAUCUUCACGUGUUGACCUCGGGAGUACACACCUUCGCCUCAGACCAACGCUUCCUGGCUCUCCACGCUGACCGGUCAGAGAACUGGACACUACAUAUAAGGUUCAGUCAGGUGAGAGACUCUGGCGAGUACCAGUGCCAAGUGAACACCGACCCCAGGAUCUCCAUGAUGUUCUACCUUAAUGUACAAGAGGCUGCGACGAUGAUGGACGGGUCGGACCAGAGGUAUGUGAGGGCGGGUAGCACCAUCCAGCUCUCAUGCAGCACUUCCAUAGCCUCCCAGCCUCCAGGUCUACUGUACUGGUAUCGCGACGCAGAGAUCCUGCAGCACGGAGGCCGCGUCAACAUUAGCACUCACCUGGAGAACGAGACGGUGAGCAAGUUAGUCAUACUCGGAGCCAGAGUUAAUGACUCGGGAAACUAUACCUGCUGGCCUACCAAGUUCCUCCCAGCCUCAGUUAUGGUCCAUGUAAUACCAGAGGCGAAAGCCGCGGCCAAGUCUCAUGGUACGGCGAACAACGGCGGUACCAGCGCCUCAACCACCAAGAGUACGAAGGCUUCAACGAGUAUAGCUAAGGCUGACCUGCCUCUGCUGCUCACAUUAGUCCUGCUGACGUGGACGACGGAAGCCCUGCUGCUGACUGGCUUCACUCCGGCUCGUUCUGUAGCUGUUCCCAGCCAAGCCAGACUACGGCUGCCUGCUAGAUAGUCGCUUACACUUUAUAUCUUUAUCUUUCCUGUAAUGGGAAUUUUCUAUACCUUUAAUUUGCAUAUAUUUGAUAACAUAGGCGCUCUACCUUUCUGCCUCAUCAAAAUCAAAAGAAACAUUUGGUUACUUUUUUCUAAAUAUGUUUUAUGAUUUUGUCCACAGAAAAAGCAUACUUCAUGUAGUUUUAUGUGUAAAAAAUGAGAAAAUAAACAUUCUAUAAAAACGAUAAACUCUUCUCUGAAUGAUAAUCUGGACAAUUCAUAAACCUUUAAUAAAUCUCCGAAUGAUUAAAUAAUGAACCACUUGAACUAGGCGCCUCACGGCUCCACUGGUGGUGCUAUGGGGGCUCCACUUUACGUCUAACUCACAAGUGUUAGGCUCCACUGGUGGUGCUAUGGGGGCUCCACUUUACGUCUAACUCACGAGUGUUAUAUACGGGGGUCAAAUGGGUUGUGUCCACAGCCUUUAUGUUAAGUUUUAACAUACAAAACAAUAUAUCGUGCAUGUGUGUCGUGAAUGGAGAGCAGCUGACAAACUAGUUAUGUCAAACACACGUAGCUGAACGACCCUUUUUACUACAUGACGUUGUGGACUACAUAGAACUUCACCUACAAGAGACUCACUGAAGUUAUAUUUUGGACAAAAAGUCGUUUAAAAAACAGUCUCACUCUGCUACAUGUUUUUGACAUUCUUAUAACAUACAUGAUUGUCAAAAAAAUGCUGAUCGUCGUCAAAGGUGUCCAGCAUUGGCAUUCUCUAUGCCAAAACGAAGUCCACAAUAAAAAAUAUAUGAAAGAAGUCGCAUACAAUGUUAGGUAUUUUAGUUUGCAAAUGUAUGGAGCACCAUUCAAAACGUUUCCACGAUUAAUUUACCAAUGUUCCAUACAUGGCGCUUUGAUAAUUAAUUUCAUUACAUUCGUAUACAGUAUUAUAUACAAGAUUAUCAGUGAAAAAACCUACUGCGGUAUAAAACCUUUCUGUGUUCUUCUUUGGCUUGUGCGUGGAUAAUCAGCUACGAGAAAAUACACAUAUCUUUGUGCGGUUCUCGAUGAUAAGCUGUAAAACAUUUAAUAAGUACAGGCAAAAAACUAACUAGAUUUUUCGUAAAUGUCUUCAGCUCAAAAUUAUUGACUAAAUGUCUGAACUCAGAAAUGAUGUGAAAACUCAAUAAGUAAAAUGAAAACGCAUACAUUACCAGUCAGGUUUCAUUAAAUGACUUCAUUUAUGAAAUAUAUAUAUAUAUAUAUAUAUAUAUAUAUAUA